GCAGCGUUAGACCUUACGUCAACUUCAAUGCCAAACAUGAUGCUGAAAUCCUCCAUAAGGCCAUGAAAGGGAUGGGUACAGAUGAAGAUGCCAUCCUCAUGCUUCUUACAUCCCGCAGCAAUGAUCAGCGCCAGCAAAUUAAGGCAGCAUAUAAAAAGGCCCACGGAAAGGACUUGGUCAGCGCACUGAAAUCUGAGCUCGGUGGACUGUUUGAGAGUCUUAUUGUGGCUCUGAUGACCCCAUCUGUCUUAUAUGAUGCUACUCUCCUGCAUAACGCUCUCAAGGGUGCCGGGACUGAAGAUGAAGUGCUAAUUGAGAUCCUGGCCUCCAGAACUGGCGAGCAGAUUAAAGAAAUCACCAAAGUGUACAAGAAAGAGUUCGGCGGAAAGCUGGAGAAGGAUAUCUGUGGUGACACCUCAGGGCACUAUCAGCAACUGCUGGUGAUCCUGCUGCAGGGGAGUAGGGAGGAGGGAGUAGACGAGGAACAUAUCGAGAAAGACGCUAAGGACUUGUAUGCUGCUGGUGAGGGAAAGUUUGGCACAGAUGAGGAAAAAUUUAUCACAAUUCUGGGCAACAGGAGCGCGGAACAUCUCGGAAAAGUAUUUGCUGCCUACAAGAAGAUCUCUGGCUCUGACAUAGAGGACAGCAUUAGAGGCGAGACCACUGGGAAUUUGGAGAACUUGCUGCUGGCUGUUGUGAAAUGUGCCGGGAGCAUCCCAGACUUCUUUGCUGAGAGACUAUAUAAAUCUAUGAGGCGAGCUGGAACUGAUGACGACACUCUGAUGAGGAUAAUGGUGUCCAGGAGUGAGGUGGACAUGUUGGACAUCAGAGGCAGUUUCAAGAAGAUAUACGGACAGUCUCUGUACAGCACCAUCCAGGAAGACACAACUGGAGAUUACCAGAAGGCUUUACUCUACCUGUGUGGUGGGAAUGAUUAAUGGAACCUUAUGACGCAUUUAGCAGCAAUGAAUGAUGAGCCAUCAUGUUGCUGCAAGACAAAGCUAUACACAUGAGAUGAGGAUAUUGAUCUAUAGUUCUUCUUUCUGUUAGUGUGUGUUUAUCGAGUUAGUGUGAAUUACCUGAGUGUCAUUUUGACUUAUGACAAUAUUAUAUUGUAUGAAUAUUAUUUACAAGGCACUGUUCUUUUUUUGUUUGUUUGUUUUUUAAAUGCCAGACAGAACAUAUAGCUCUAAUUUAGUCCUUGGUAAACAAGCAGUUUUGAUUUUAAUGCAGAUAAUAAUACUUUCUGAAAUGAUGAAAUGCCUGAUUAAUUUAAAAUUUUUGACCUCUUUUUCUUGUCAAGUGUACACACAAUGUUAGCAGCUGUUUACCUUAUUUGAGCUCACUUCUCACAGCAUGUGUUAAAUGCAAGUUUGAAAAUACAAUACCGCUACUCAAUUAUUAAACCCUACAUGUUGACAACCCUGAUGCUCUCAUUAAUAAGAAAUGAGACUGUGAUCCAGACUCGACGUGCAAUGCGGCUGUCAGUGAUCAAUAAGUAAUGGGACGCUAUUAGACAUUUGUUGAUGCAUAUAAUGAGAUCUAUUGCUUCCAUGCCUUUCUGCACGACGAGGCCAAAUGUCAAACAA